CUUUUGGUGCUCAGAUGGCUUCAAUGCAGACACAGUUUUCUACUGUUUUUGCCGAUUCCUAUGCCAAGGUAUUUUAGUUUUUCAAUAGUUGUUUUUCGGUUUUUUUUAAGUUGUUUUAUACUAAUUUAAUUUGUAAUUUCAAUAUAGGAAAAAGGCAGUGAAUCUUCCAAUGAUGAUGAUGGAGGUGGUGAUGAAGCAGAUUUUGAUUUAAAUGAAUCUGAAGAAACUGAUGAAAAUGAAGAAGAGAAUGUUAUGGGUGAUGAGGAAGGGGAGGGUAGUGAAGGUGAAGAGAAGGAUGGUCAAGCCGAUGAAGAUUCUGACUCAAAAGAAAAAAAUGAUAAUGGCAGUGAUGAUGAAUCCACUGAUAGUGAGGAGAAGGUAGAUAAGUAGACAAUGUAACUAGGUUUUAGUUACUUUGUGUGGUUUAUUUUGUUGUAAGUCCGUUUUAGGUAGUGCUCUUGUAAUUCUAUGUUAUUGUUAUGUCUCUUGUUAUGUUUUAUUUUUCAGAAUUUUGCAACUAUUUUCAGACUAUUUAUUUGUAUUUAUUAUGUUAUUUAUAUGGCUGUGUUUGUAGAUUAUGUUGUUCGCAAUUUAUUGUUGGUCUUCUUAUUUUACUUGUUGUUUUUAUUUUGUUUUUAAGUUGUUAUGUAGUUUUUUUUUAGUUGUUGAAGUCUUUCACAAAAAAUAACUUCACUUUUUUUCCAUUUUCUUUUUCCUUUAUUUUCUGUAUCAAGAAUUUCGUUGAUUUCAAUGACGGCCCUACUCAAAUAGAUGUUGAGGCUACUGUUCAGUCCGGUGUAAAAGCAGUUGAGAUUAUGGUAAUUUUGCUUUUGUGUUGUAUUUUGGUUGUGUAAAGGUUGUUAUUUUUUAACCAUGCUCUAAUUCCUUUUUAAUACCAUAUAUAAACAGAUGUCUUCAGAUGGAAUUGGUGGUGAUCCUUGUAAACAGAUUUCAGUUUCUGAAAAUGUUGAGGUUACGGAUCGUCGUCUUGUUUGUUUUGAGAUGGGUGCAACAGGUCUCAAUGUUGAUUCUAACAUUGAACUUGAAGAUGACCCAAUUCCCGUUGAAGAAACUCCUCUUGUUGACAAGAGGAAAUCUAAGAAACCCAUAGCGCUGACGUCUCCGUUUAUGGAGUAUGACUCUUCCAUUUCUAGUUCUAAAGAUGGUUUUGGUUAUGGAGUUGUUAAGUAUGUAACGCCCCGAUAUUUUGCCUUAUUUUACAAAAAUACUAUUUUCAUGCAUAAUUUGAAAAGAUAAAAAAAAAUAAUUUAAAUACAACAGUGGAUUUUAAAAAAAAAUCAAAAUGCAACAGAGAAGGAUCCUUCAUUUGUAAAACAAGAUACAGUAAGUAAAUAAUUUUAAAUAAUGCAUUUCCACUGUGUUAGAUUUAUCAACUGCUUAAAAUAAAACUAAGGCACCACCGGCGUUCU